AUGGACCAUUGGUGUUGCUGUGGAUCGUGAAGCUACAUGAGUAUAAGAGGGAACGCGGACGAACGGAGUAUGUUUGUGGAGCUGUGGGAUAUAGGUGGAUCGAACAGCUACCGCAACAGCCGAUCCAUCUUCUACACACCAGUGCAUGGUUUGCUGCUGGUGCACGACCUCACGAACAGAAAGUCGCAACACAACCUGCGGAAAUGGCUCGGGGAGGUCCUGAGCAAGUCGACGAACACGCCCUUCAGCGAAAGCGAGAGUGAUUAUGAUCCCGAACAAUUUGCUGGUUGCAGUCAGUAUCCGAUCCUCGUCGUCGGAACGAAGGCCGACCUCGCGCAGGGGGCGCUGGACGCGUCCGGCCGCCACCGGGCGUCGUCGGUCGCCGAGGACUGCCUCGUCGACGAGAUGAACAUCGACUGCCACAAUACAAAGUACGUUGCUCCCGGCUCAAGCAACGCCGUGAAAAUCAGCCGGUUCUUCGAUAAGGUGAUAGAGAAACAGUUCUACAGCCACGCGCCGUCGGCCGGGGCCACGAUAGGAAGCUUCUUCGACCGAAGGAAGCCCGCGCCGCUCCAGCGUCCGUUCUCGCCUCCCGCGCGCACGAAGCUGCUGCACGCCGACUGAGGUACCAACGCGCGGAGGAACGCCGGCUAGCCGCCGCGGCCACGACGCACCGUCACAGAGGAAGGGUCGAGGCUACCGGUCUACUUGUGUGAUUUUUUUUCGCGAUCGGAGAAGGGUGUGCGAGAUACGGACGACGGCGAAGACACCGACCUUUGACAUCUGAAUGAUAGUUUGGCACCAUUUGGCGAGAGUUUAUCGAUUACGCGAGUGUUUUGCCGAUUUGCCAUCUCGGAUUUUUCUCUCGGCAGCGUAGGACAGCGAUUGUGCGGGGAAUUUCCGAGGAGGGUUCCAAAGUCGGUCGAACCGAGUGCAGUGCUCGAAUGGUGCAGGAAACGCUGGUGUAUCCGCGUCGCAUGUGACUCGGCAUUUACGCGAGUUGAGGAGGAGAGAGAGAGAGAGAGAGAGA